CAUAUCACUUCACUAACUCUAACUCUCAGCGGACCCAGUCCACACGAUUCCGGUACUCAAUAGUCAUCAGCACAACCAGUCUCAGCCACGACUCUGGCUUUUGGCGUUGAGUAUUCGCCACCAGUCUCUGUCGACGGCGUCCCACCCCACUCCGCCUCUGGGUCUCCCUCCCCCUUUUGGGUUUGCUUCCACCAGCCACAAGGUUGCUCCUCGAGUAUGUAUUGUAGUAGUUUCUGUUAUACUUGUGCUUUUACAGAGACUGUAAUAGCUGCUUCGAGUCAUAGAGAGUCAUUUAAAGGAAGAAACUUUGGGAAUUUGAAGGUUUGCACAUAUGGGAACUUGGGAAACAGAUCGACAUUGAGGAGAACACAAAUGGGUUUUCGUGGGUUUGUUAUGAAAAUUCCAAAAGAAGGGGAGGAACUGGCCAAGGAGAAGAAUAAAGUUGUGACAUCUUCAGAAGAGGUUAUAAAAGCUCUUAAGUCUACAACGGACCCAAAGUUUGCUUUUUCAUAUUUUAUGGCUGUUGCUGGGUUACCUUAUGUUGUUCACACCACUGAAACAUGCAAUUACAUGCUUGAAGUCUUGGUGACUCAUAAAAGGGUAGAGGAUAUGGCUGCUGUUUUUGAUUUCAUGCAAAAGAAAAUAGUUCACCGAAGCUUGAACACUUAUCUUGCUAUUUUUGAAGCUCUUUACAUGAGGGGUGGAAUUCGACAAGCACCAAUUGCGCUUGAAAAGAUGAGAAAGGCUGGGUUCGUUUUGAAUGCGUAUUCAUAUAACGGAUUGAUCUAUUUGCUUCUCCAAUCAGGAUUUUGUAGGGAGGCUUUGGAGGUUUACAACAGAAUGGUCAUGGAAGGGAUUAAGCCAGGCUUGAAGACUUAUUCAGCACUUAUGGUUGCCUUUGGAAAGCGAAGGGAUACUCAAACUGUAAUGGGUUUGUUAGAAGAGAUGGAACAUUUGGGAUUGAGGCCUAAUAUAUAUACUUUUAACAUAUGCAUUAGAGCUCUUGGAAGGGCCGGGAAAAUUGAUGAAGCUUAUGAUGUAUUGAAGAGAAUGGACAAAGAGGGAUGUGAGCCAACUGUUAUUACUUAUACAGUUCUCAUUGAUGCUCUUUGUAACGCAGGUAAACUUGGUCAUGCAAAGGCGUUGUUUGUAGAGAUGAAAGCUAGCAGCCACAAACCUGAUCGUGUAACUUACAUUAAAUUGUUGGACAGGUUAAGUGAUUGUGGAGAAUUGGAAAGUCUUAAACAAAUUUGGGAUGAUAUGGAAGCUGAUGGUUUUGCUCAUGAUGUAGUUACAUUCACUAUUCUUAUUGAUGCUUUAUGCAAAGCAGGCAAUGUUGACAAAGCAUUUGAUACUAUGGGUGUCAUGAAGAAGAAUGGGAUCUCACCAAAUCCUCAUACUUACAACACCUUGAUUGGAGGGCUACUAAGGGCAAGUAGAUUGGAUGCGGCUCUAAAACUUUUCAGUAGCAUGGAAUCUCUGGGUGUCAUGCCUACUGCUUGUACAUACACCAUUUUCAUUGACUACUAUGGAAAGUCUGGUGAUUCUGUUAAAGCUAUUGAGACCUUUGAGGAGAUGAAAAGUAAAGGCAUUGUUCCAACUGUAGUAGCAUGCAAUGCUUCUUUAAAUAGUCUUGUUGAAACAGGGAGAGUUCAAGAAGCAAAAGAAAUUUUUGAUGGGAUAAAAAUUAGUGGUCUUUCUCCUGAUUCGUUGACUUACAACCUGAUGAUGCGGUGCUAUGGUAAGGCAGGGAGAGUAGAUGAAGCCAUUAAGUUACUUUCUGAGAUGGUGAAACAAGGGUGUGAGCCUAAUUUAUUCAUAUUUAAUUAUUUGAUUGACAUGCUUUUCAAGAAUGAUCGAGGAGAUGAAGCAUGGCAAUUGUUUUAUGGACUGAAAGACAUGAAACUCACUCCCUCAGUUGACAUCUUCAACACAUUACUUGCUGAUUUAAUGAAAGAAGGUCAAGUCCAAAAAUCACUUCAAAUAUUUGUGAGUAUGUUAGAGCAUGGUAGUCCUUCAAACACAAGAACUUUUAGCACUAUCCUGGAUCGCUUCUGUAAGAAUGAUAAGGUGCCAGUUUCCUUGGCAUAUAAAAUCACUGAACUCUUCAGAUUAUAUGAAGAGAUGUGUAGUAGUGGACGCAAGCCUAACACAGUCACAUAUAAUAUUCUCAUUUCUAGUUUAGUGAAAUUUAAUAGUGUUGACGAGGCUAUCGAUUUCUACUAUGAUCAUGUAGGUCGUGAUUUCUCCCCCUCCUCUCAUACAUACGGUCCACUCAUUGAUGGGCUUUUUAAGUCAGGAUUUCAUGACAAAGCUAUGCAUUUCUUCGAGGAGAUGGCAGAAUAUGGAUGCAAACCUAACUGUGCAAUUUUGAAUAUUCUUAUGAAUGGGUUUGGGAAAACUGGAGACGUGAAAACUGUCAAUCAGUUAUUUAAAAGAAUGGUUAAGGAAGGAAUAAGACCAGACUUGAAGACUUACACGAUUCUUGUGAAUUCUCUCUGCCUUUUAGGAAAAAUUGAUGAUGCUCUGUAUUACUUUGAGGAACUAAAACAGUCUGGCCUUAGUCUUAAUUCAGUUUGUUUUAAACUUUUGAUUGAUGCACUUGGAAGAUCACGGAGGAUAGAAGAAGCUCUAUCACUCUACACUGAAAUGCAGAGCAGAGGAAUUCUUCCUGAUCUUAUAACAUACAACAAACUUAUACUCAAUCUUGGUAUCGUGGGAAUGGUGGAUGAAGCAGUGAGUGUAUAUGAAGAACUUCAGCUUAAGGGUCUUGAACCUGAUGUUUUCACCUACAAUGCUCUAAUUCAAGCCUACAACAUCUCAGGGAAUCCAGACCAUGCUUAUGCAAUUUACAAGAAAAUGAUAGGUGGUGGCUGCGACCCGAAUGCGAACGUUUGCACAACUUCCUAAUUUCUGAACUGUAAAGGACCAAAUGGUUCGAGGGAUGUUGUUCAUUUGCAAAUUGGAAUUCUGACUAGUUUUGUAAUGAAGGUUUGCAAAUUUUGUAAUUGAAGAACGAUAGCAAUCUCGAUGGAAAUUCUGAGUUUUGCCUUAGAAACACUCCUGAUGCCGAAAUUUGCCGUCUCUGUUCCUCUGUGUUUUGCUAUGAUACGUGAGCUAUGUGCAGGUGUAGGUUCUCUUUGAAGAGAACAAUUUGCUAGAAAGAAAGAAACCACCAUGGUUCUAGCAGAAAGCAUGGAAGCAGCGCAUCAAACUAUGUCAAACAAGUGGAAGUUUAUUUCAAAGAUUAAUUGCCCAAUUGAGAAGAAGAUUGAUUUUGCUGGUGUAGAUACAACAAAACUGCACCCAUCAUCCUUGCCAUGUAAUUUCUAUCCAGGACGGUUAUGAUGUUACUCUAUAAGAUUAACCAUUGUAGUUGGUAGGUUUCCAAAGAAAUGAACGGAUGCAUCUAUGCCAUUUCAAAGAGAAAUCACAAGCUUUUUUUUUGGCUCUGAAAAUCACAAGCUUCAUUGAUGUGCAAGUAGUUUUCACAAGAUGUACUAAACAAAUGGUUCCUUGUACGACAAUUCAAUACGAGAAUUUCAGUCCAGAAUUCUACUAAAUUCUUUCACAAAACACUAACACAGUCUGUGUUUUGCCUACGUAUAAACUUACAUUAGAUAGAGCCUCUGGAUCUUUCUUGAAUUAAAUAUAAAAUCUUAGUCUUUGAAUUAUUAUGAUGAAAUCAAUGAUUCUAUUUUA